AUGACUCCUUAUUCACCACCGCCAGCAUUGCCGAGAGUAUGGGAGCCCCUAUUGCAAGUAAUUCAAUCACAUCCACGAUACGAGGAGCCAUUCGUUCGCUGCAUCAAUGAACUUUUCUAUGGAGCUGGCCCAUUGCGGGUACACGAGCGACACUAUAUUGCACUUAUGGCAGCUAGUCGACACCGAUGUUCGUUCAUGUUGAACCUGUUCGAGCGAGAGUUCGAGGCGGCCGGCGGGGAUCUGGGCUGGUUGAAGGGUCUUAAAUUCUGUAAAAAUUCGAAAUUGAUCGUUUUGGAUGAGAUGAAUCGACUACUCGCACAUCAGCCAUGGCUCUGUCUAGCAGACACCAUACAAAGGUUAACGAAAAACGAAAGCGGUCCUCAUCUCUCGCUACAGGAGCUGGUUCACGCGGCAAUUGUCCUCUCACACACGCACGCGUUGUGCUCAUUCGCCGAGGCGAUCGGCGCUGUGCCGAUCGAGAUUAGCAGCUCGGAACGUCAAUCAAUGGCCUCUCGAUGCGAGUGGUUGGCUAGGGACAAGGAGAACACCGGAGCAAGGCGAAAAGGUGAAAUCGAGGAUCUGCUAAAGCGGAUGAAUCGAUUGAGAGCCGUGGCCGCGGACGGAUCAGACGAGCGUGGAAAGGAGACUUUCGAGCGACUUCACGAGCAACCUGAAGACGGCGGCUCUGGAGGUGACUCGCCGACAUCAGCUGGUGAUGGAUCACUUUUGCAAAAUUUUCAGAGAUUUACGGGCAAUCUUUCUUUCACAUACGUCGAUUUUCAAAGUCGCAGUGAUUCGACGAAGACUUUCAAAAUUCACGAAUUUUCAUGGGAUCAGCACGGGUACGUGAUUCUCGAGGAUCUCUACAACGAGGUCACCGGGAAAUUGGACGAAAAGUUCAAUCUCACACAGAAUCUCACAUAUAAAACAAUGGGUCAAUACGAGGAUGUGGACACGUCCGCUUAUCGAAUGGCUGUCUGGAAUUACAUUCAAGCACUUUACGGAAUCCGGCAUGAUGACUACGAUUAUUCGGAAGUGAACACAAUGUUGUCUCGCGAGAUGAAAACUUUUAUCAAGACGGUCGCCUGUUUCCCGCAUCGUGUCACCGAUUCUCUGCGAAACGGGGUCAUGGUUGACUUUAAAGCGUCGGAAAAGGUGCACGUGAUGUUGAUGAUCAUGGAGUCGCGUCUCCAAGCGGCUCUUCUUUACUUCACCCGUGCACUCACCAACUACUACGCGUCUGAUCGUCGAAGCGCAAUGCGA